AUGCGUUUUGGUCUUGAUAGAACAACCUAUCUCAAGUCUUAUGCCAUUGUUCCCCUACAUGCGCUGGUUGGCCAAAAUCAUCGGCAAUGCAUUCCCUUGGCUGACCACCAAAUUUCAUAUGGCGAGCUAUGGGCAUCCGAACAUGAAACCAACCCAAGUCUUUGGAACAGCACCAUGGUCCUACAAGCUCCGGAAAAAGAUCACCAAGGCUGUCAGGAGGAGGGUUCAGAAAUCCAAGAAGAUGGUUCGAAAGUACAUCGACAAGCAGGGACGUCAAAGAGUGUGUGGAAACACUCGGCAGCUCAAAAGGUCGCAGGUAUAUCCUAUUGGGUAUGGGCGUGCCAUCCGAUCUCUUCACAUGGCUUGGAAGGAGAGGCCUGGCAACUUGAAGGCCUUCUGCGAAAUUCUCUAUCCACCUCAGGGUGGAUUGAACGAGGUGCUGGUGCAGAAAGCCACCAAGGCUCUUAUGGGGGUCAGGUAACCGAGUGUGUGGUCAUGUGGGUAUGUCUCAAAAUGAGGUUGCCUUCUUGGGACCCAAAAUGUCACUUUAAAGGAAAAAAUAAUGACUUUAUAAGCUGA